AUGCCUGUUCAGACGUACAGCGUACCACUAGUUUUACCUAGUCUCCGAAGAGAAGAAUCGAUCAACCAGAUAGUAGACUCGUUGGAAUAUUUGGAGCAAGUAUCAAAGGAUAUUUUCACUCGAAUCAGCAAUCGAGUUGCCGAAAAUAAGGAACGGCUAGCCGCAAUUAACCACAGGGCAGAUUUAGCUCAGGCUCGGAUUGACAAAAUAAAAGGAAUCAAGAAAGCGACCAGGGUCUUUUCAAGCGCAAAAUAUCCAGCCCCGGACAAACUGCAGCCCUAUGAGACGCUGUACUCUGAGCAAAACGAACUGGCAGAGUUGAAACGUCAAAGUUACGAUCUUAUCUCGAAGUUCACCCCCGUAGAUGAACACACCCUGAAGGAUAAACUGCAGUUUUAUAAUGUUCACCUGAAUAUCAAAAAGAAGCAAGAUGAAAUGAAAGGGGAAGGACUUGGAUCACUGCCAAGGAAUCUGCACUCAGUUAGUUCUCUGUUACUGUUCAACACCACAGAAAAUCCUUACAAGAAAUAUGUGAUGUUGGAUCCCCUCGCUGGGGCUGUAACGAAGACCAGGAGUAAUUUAGAGGAGGAAGAGGAAGACAUUGGUGCUGCCCCCAUAUCAAUCACUCAAGGAGAGGCGUUGGACCGGCUGUCAAUGCAAAACUAUUUUUAUGUGCCAAAUCUGGGGGAUGUUCCCGAGAUAGAUGUUCCUGCAUAUUUACCAGAUCUACCAGGAAUUGCUGAUGAUGUUUCUUACAGGUAAGGAGAUUACAGUGGAACCUUGAUAUAACAAACCUCUAUAUAACAAAGUCCUCAGUAUAGCGAACAGAUUUUGCCAGUCCCUUGGCCCUUCAUUAUAUCAAGGUUCCAUUGUACAAUAAUUAUUGUUACUAAACAGUUUUGAUUUUUAUUUUUGAUGACAUUAAUAAUAAUAAUAAUAAUAAUAAUAACAAUAAUUUAAAAAUUUAGUGUGCAAAUAUCUAAUGAAUAUAAUCAAAUGCACAAUAAAAAUAAUUAACUUAAAAAAUGGUGUAAAUAAAACAUACACUGAUUAAUUACCAACGUGCCUAAAUAAGGUUGAAGUAGUAUAUGUAUGCGUUAAUAACAUUACAGUGAACACCGGCAAUUAUUGCUGGUUUUUACCAUCAUUUCUGGUGAAAGAACAAAAUUGACAUAUCUCAUCUUCCCAUCUAGUAGAAAAUACUCUGGUAAUUAGGUUGUGAUUAGUGCUGAUUUCUAAGUGAACAAUUUUCAAUAUUAUUUUCAAAUUUUUCAUUUUCAGUGCAGAUCUUGGUCCUUCAAUUGCACCAUCACUUCCUAGUUCCAGCAUACCUGACUUACCUGAUGUUGUAGAAGAAGUUAGGGGUGACACAGUACCAGUACCACCUCCGCCAGCACCUGAUUCUGCUCCUCCACCCCCUCCUCCACCUCCAGGACCAGGUGCUCCACCCCCACCCCCUCCACCACCCCCACCUCCUCCCUCAGGACCUGAUGCUGCUCCUCCUCCUCCUCCCCCACCUCCUCCCCCACCUCCUCCCCCACCAGGUGAUGGACCACCUCCAGGUAAGUUGCAGUUCCUGGCUGGAUUACCAGCCAUUUUGUGCACUUGUAAGAGUUUGUUUAGAUUUCAAAAGCUGUUUUGUUUUCGUUUUUUUGGAGGGGGUUGUAAAAUUAAAUAUUGGAAUGUGCUAGUAAGAGCAACUUUGUACCGUAUUUUAUGCACCUAUCAAUGUAAAGCCGGGGGGGGGGGCAGGGCAUGGGGUGGGGAUUUGAUUGUCUUUGUUGGCCCUGGGGUAGGGCAUUUGACUGAUCUUGUUGUCCCAGGGGAGGGGGUAUUUGAAUCUUUCUUCGCCCGAUGUGGAGAUAUUUGACUGCCGACUCGGACGAAAAAGACUGAACAUAUAUUUCCACGCUUCACGCAUGUGCCGUAUGGUUUGAAAAGAUCAGGAAGUCAUGGAGGCCAAUGAGAAAUAGCCUGUGUACAGACGUCCCCCUGUUUUAGCGUGUUUCUGAUCAGUUGAAUCUCUUAAAAUACUGUGGUAUCAAUGUAAAUGGAAGUAAAGAGAGACCAAGUCGAUUUUUGCAAGUACAGUUGAUUAGUGUAUGGCUCAUUCGCUACAAUCACAGUAAACUUAUAAAACUGACUUUCUUUGUACCCUUUACUAAGAAUGGUAUAUUUAAACUUGCAAAAUGUGGACUUUCUCAUAAAGGUUUAUGUAUUCUACGCAGUGCAACACGGAUUAUGGUUAAAACGUAUAAUUGCAGCUGUAUUAGGAACAUGUAUCUUUGGUGAUGCAGCAACGUUUAUAAAAGAUUGCAGAGUUUUAUUAGGAGAUAUUUUUAUUCUGCCUUUCUUGGGUUCUGCCUUGGGAUUGACAGCAAUGUGCAGCCUGGGGUGGGGGAAAUUUGUUGCAUUUGACUGGAAUGAUUUGCCCGUGGGCAGGGAAUUUGACUGCAAAUUUUUGAAAAAAGUCAAAUCCCCACCCCAUGCCCUGCCUCCCCAACCCCCGCUGGCAUUACAUUGAUAGGUGCAUUACCUCUAAUACCAUUGUGUUUUGAUGCCAUCAUCAUUUUUUCGAACCAAUUUUCAUUUUCCUUAGAGGUUCAAAAAAUUGUUAUUCCACCUUAGUGUUCAAAAAUAUAUGUAGCUGUAAAAAGCAGAACGUUGUUACACGUACUUCAGUUUUGUUAUAUUAGAAUUCCACUCUUACCAUUAAACCCAUCUCUGCUCCAUUUGUUCAUAGUUCACUGAAUACUACAAAGUUCUCCUCUUUGUGACAUUUAUCUGCCACCUCAAUUCUACCCUUGAAUGUAUAUUACUGACACCUGAUUACCACUGAUUUAGUUGUAACAUAUAGAUCUCAGCAUGUGUUAUUAGAGAGGACCUUAGUUUUGUCAGUGAAAAAGUUUAAAUUGAUUACUCAUUUAAAUUUGCAGCCGUCCCGUCGGAUGUCCCUGCAGCAGUUGCAUCAGAUGGCAGGGCAAACCUCAUGGAAUCCAUCCGUAAAGCUGGUGGCAAGGGGAAUGCUAAAUUACGCAGUGUCAAAGAAAGGAAGUUGAAGAAAAAAGCCGAGAAGGAGCAGUCUGCAGUGAGUGGUGGAGGUGGUGGUGACCUUAUGGGUGACCUUUUCGCAAAGCUAUCCAUGCGUCGUAAAGGAAUUUCAGGAUCUAAAGGUGACUCAGGAGGCUCAUCAGAGGCAGCAUCGGGUGGAGGAUCAGCUAUGGACAAGGUGUCGGCAAUGAUUCCUGCCCCACCCAAGACUGAUCGUUCAGAGACCAUGCAUUCAGGAGAAAGUGAUGAUUGGGAACCUUAG